AUGGAUGACUUUGAUAUAUUCAACCAAGCAUCUGAAGGAGCACAACUAUCAGGAUCACAACAUACAAAUAUACCAGACGAUGAUUUAUUCGGAUCUGAAAAUACAAGCAAUACAAUAAAUACAACACCAGUCGAUACUUUCAACAAUAAUCCAUCGACCGAUACUUUUGAUAAUAAUCCACCAGUCGAUACUUUCAAUAACAAUCCACCAGUCGAUAUUUUCAAUAGCAAUCCACCAGUCGAUACUUUUAAUAACAAUCCACCAGUCGAUGCUCCCAGUAAUAAUCCAUCGGAAGAUUCUUGGGUUCUUGAUGAUAAUUUCAAUAGUACAGCAGCAUCUGAAUCUACUGUAUUCAGUGAGAAUACUUUAACUAACUUAGAUACAACAUCGCAAAUAACAUCAUUCGAUGAUGAUAUGUUUACAAAUCAAUCGAAUACAAAUGAAUUAGAUAUAAUUCCUAAUAAUGAGCUUCCACCACCAUCAACAAAUGAUGUUCUUCGUAACGAUACAACAGCACUCCAAUCAGAAGAAAGAUCAUCAUAUGAUAUGUUUUCAAAGCCUUUACCAUCAUCAACACCAAUUGAUAGAAAUCUAUUUACAACAGGAAUAUCUUCACAAGAAAAUUUAUCUGCAUUAGAAGCAUUUAAUAAUCGUCGUCAACAAGAAAUAGCUGAAAAAGAUAUGGAAGAAAAACAAAAAAUUGAAGCUAUACGACAACAAGCUAAACAAGAUAUUGAACGUUGGUAUCAAGAACGAAAACUACAUAUGGAACGAAAUCGAUUAACAAUUCAAAAUGCCGAAGAUGAUUUACGUACAAAAUCAUUAGAAAAAAGUGAUAAAAAUACAUGUGAUUGGGCUAAAGUAAUGCGUUUUCUUGAAUUCACUCCAGGUACACAAUUAUCAAAAGGUAAACGUGAUUUAACUCGAAUGAAAACUAGUAUUCUUAAUGCUAAACGUGAUAAUGCUAAAUCAAUAUCAACAAAUGGAGUUUAG